AUGGAAAUGGACUUGGAGUGCCAGGGCGUGAGAGCUCCCGAGUCCAUCAAAGUGCGGCUUCCCAGGACCGAUGCUCACAAAAGCGGUCAAAGGGCUUUCAUCAAAGCAAGGGAGGAUCAUUUCAGCAGCACUCCAGCCGCCGCAAGGCUGACCACCGGACCCGAAAAUCUGGAAGCAACAGUGGGCGAGCCCACCAGCCGAAGUAGAGGAAGCCAGCGCAGGGGGCGGGCCUUCCGUGGCGAAACCCCACCCCUCCCUUGCUCGUCGCUGAUUGGUGGAGGCGUCCAUCUUGCAUCAAGUUCACUCUCGUCCGUCCACGUUAGUUUCCCUGAUUUCUUUGUCGGAGUCGCCGGCAAGCCCGCUUGUUGCGAGGAUUAUUGGAGAUCUGAAGAAAAUACAUUGUUGACUGGACCCAGACACACAAUAAGCACUCAAAAAAAUGUCGAAGACUUCACUGGACCUAGAGAAAGAAGUGAUCUGGGAUUCAUUACAUUUGAUAUAACUGCUGAUCUAGAGAACAUAUUUGAUUGGAAUGUUAAGCAAUUGUUUCUUUAUUUAUCAGCAGAAUAUUCAACAAAAAAUAAUGCUCUGAACCAAGUAGUCCUUUGGGACAAGAUUGUUCUGCGAGGUGAUAAUCCAAAGCUGCUGUUGAAAGAUAUGAAAACAAAAUAUUUUUUCUUUGACGAUGGAAAUGGCCUCAAGGGAAACAGGAAUGUCACCUUAACCCUGUCGUGGAACGUCGUACCAAAUGCUGGAAUUCUACCUCUUGUGACAGGAUCAGGUCACGUGUCUGUCCCAUUUCCAGAUACCUAUGAAAUAACGAAGAGUUAUUAAAUUAUUCUGAAUUUGAAGCAACAUAUUUUUAUACUUAAUGAAUCCUAUCUCGUUUUUCUCUUCCCUUAUAUCUUCGUUUGUUUUUUGGUUGUUACUUUUUGGGGGGGUGCAUAAGACUAACAUCAAAAAGCAUAUUUGAAAGGUUAAUGUGCUGUUUAAACUCCGUUUUACCAACAAAACACACACACACACACACACACACACACAAAAGAAGGCCACCAGAAUGGAGUAUUAUAAAAAUAAGACAACUGCAUAAUAAAGAUUUGUAAAAAUAAAUUAUCUUUGAGGUAUUCCCUUUAUGUCCAUGAUUCUUUAUGGAAUAGAAAGCGAGCAUGAAGAGCAGUUAAAACUCUUAGGUGCCCGCGGAGUUACGAGAACUCUAUUUUACAUCUUGUGCUCAUGCAAGUUCACAUCGAAUGUGACUCCGCAGCGGACACUUCUCUCUGAGCGCGUCUCCUUGCUGGAGACGCUGAUGGUUAUUUGUGAGACACCUGGUUUCCACAACAGCCAAGAGCAGCGGUGACAGCAGCUUCCUCCACAUAAAGACUAAAUACCUCUCUAUAAGCUGGAAGUGAUUCUAACUCCCUUCGGAGUCUCCUAAGUCAACCAAAUAUGUGUCUCCGUGCUUUCUCUCACAAUGUUCCUUUGUAUUCUGUCUGUGUGUGAAUUCUUAGCAUUGCCAUUGAAAGGUGAAAAUGUUUGCAUGGUUUUCCUUCUGAGUUCAGUGUGUUCUCGUGAGCAUGCCUAGUGCCACCGAGUGGUAAUGAUUUAAAUUUUUUUGUAGGUCCACAUUUUAAUAAUUAUUGGGGUAAUAUAAUCAGUAUUUGUUGGUGUGCUUUUCCACUUAGAAGCACUCAUAUUUUCCUAGGUGUUCUCGAUAAUGUAAUGAGGUAAGUAGUUCAAAUGUUCGUUGCAGAUGAAGACUGACACCCGGAAGUUCACUGAAUUGUUUUGCACUUACAUAGCAAGGAAGGGAAUUAAAACUUGGCUCAGAUUAAUCCCCUAAGCCUGUCUUUCUCCUGUAGCUCCGAUUACAGGCUAAUCAGAAUUCAUUUAAAAUUUUCCUUGUUUUAUGUGACCCUGGACCCCCUUUCGGCUGCCCCUCAACGAGGUUUCCCGCCCUGUAUGGAAGUGACUAAUUUUCAAGCUGCUGACAACAUACACAGAGAUGAAAUCUCACUUCAUUCUCUGUAUCAUUUUAUUUUGUGAAAAGUAGAAGAAUCCAAACGUGUAUGCAACUAAUUUAGGGACUAAACGCAGAAUAAUACAUGGUUGAAUAUAUGACCGUAUUUAACAUUUUACCUACCGUAAACGACGUCAGAAGCAAGAACCAGCAGUUACCCUGAAAAGCAAGACCAGACACUGUAGUUACACUCUCAGCAGUAACCAAAAACGGCUCAUGUUUUCUAAGAAUGGGUUUAAGCUGACAAUUGUUAAAUUUACCUCGAAUGAAACACCUCACCGUUUAUGUACAUUGGUUUUUAACCACGACUGUCAGAGGUCACAGGUGGUAUCCGAUUGCAAAUACUGGAAUGGGUGUGGCCCCCAGCUUCUUCAGGCAGCUAGCUGUUCAGGGUCUCCGUUUCUUUAUCUUUAAAAGGAUGGAGUUGGACUCCUUAGUUUACACGGUGGUUCUUCCAUGACCACACAAGUCUGUGAAAUCUGUGGGAUCUGUUCAGCAGAGAUUGAACAGAGAAGCACCUUAGUAAUGUGAGGACAAGAAGGCAACCGGAAGACAAACACAGAACUGAUCCUCCCGAUGGACUUGAUUUCUGUUAGAUUUUACACCCAGAAGAUGUACCUUUGUAGAGUGUGUACAGAUACCACACACGGAGGUGCAGCAUCUGUAGACGGCACAGCCGAACGCUUGGGUACAUUCAUGAAAGCGGGCACACGGCGCGCCUGCGUUCUAGCUAGAGGCAGGUGCCUGAGCGGUGGCUCCUUACCCCUCUGUGGUGGCACGUGUGUUAGGUCGCUGGAGAGGAGUGUUGAAGUUGAGCUGAAGUUUAUUGACAAGUUCGCCCACUUUGGAGUUGGGUGAAGAAGAGGGGCAGCAGUGUUUGCUCUCAGUGAAUGACGGGAACCUGCCCCGGACAACCGUGUUCCAACGUGGGCAUAAGAAACCUGUCUCAGGAGCCCGUUUUGGGGUGCACACGGCUUUGUUGGAGACCUUGAUUCUGCAUGAAAACAGAUGGCCCUGUGUUCAGUUUGGUCAGCCAAUCAUCUACCUUAAUGUCUGUGUUUUCAAGAAGUCGUACAAGGUCGAAGGCUUCAGAUUUGACAGAAACCUAAGUAUUAGGAACGUCUGAGCCCAGAGAGGAGCCUGGGAAGGAGAACCUAAGAUACCGACCUAAAAGAAUUCUGGUUAGAAAUAAACUAAUUUGCGAUGUGCUCACAUCGUCCUUUUCUCUAGCAGAUUAGCCUGGACAAGCGCUAUCCAUGCUUUUUUAAUUUCCCUAGUCGAUUACAUGUGGUUUCUUUAUGCUUAAAGGAAAAUAACAGAAACCUUCAGAAAUUCCUGAGAGUGUAAUAGGAACGUGAGUUAUUGCAGAUUUCCUCCUUUGGAGUUGUUUUACAGUUCUUUGGGGCUGGCCAGCUUAGUAAUAGUACUAAGAUGGGCUUUAAGGUUAUAACGGACAUUUUUUUUCACUAUUCUAUCUAAAGCUUCGUGAUCGACAGCUUUGGGUCUUUGAGGUAUAGGUUACUGAAGGUGCUAUUUUAUAUUUUGAAUGGACAUGAAAUGAGUGUAGGGAGAAAAACCGUAAGCUGUGAACUUUGGUAGUAAAACACCACCUAUUUGUUCCAGACGCUCUGCUUUCAGUAGAGAGCCUGUACGUUCUCUGGGACUGCCAGUGGGUCUAAAGAGAUCUGUUUCAAAAAGCUGUUGCACGUUUUGAAGCAAUUUGGGAAAUUGUUUACAAAUAACCGAUCUGGAAGAAAAAAAGAUUCAUGAAAAUACUGAAGAUACAUUUGAGGAUUUUCGUAAUUGCAAUAAACAGCCUUUUUUCUAACAAAGAUGAAUUUUGUUUACGAGUAAAAGUGUGCAUUUUAAAAGACUUUCAGAUUUACACUUUUUAUGUGAAAGCUGGUGAACUAGAAGAAAAUGAAGCCAAGUCUAGUAAAUUAAGUUCUUUUUUGUUUGUUUUCCUUUUGUAGGAUGGGGGGGCUAGGUUAUUUACAUCUAAAAUAUCUUCAGCAGACACUGUGUGCUCCUCUCCUAGACUGUAAGCUCUCUGAGGGCAGUCCUGUUGGAUUUAUCUUUGUAUCUUCCCCAGCGCCUGGCAUGGAACAGGCGCCUAAUAAAUACUGAUGAUGAAUGAA